UAUAACGACAACAAAAUGUCGACAUCGGGGGAACUAUCAGGCAAGAUGUCCGACCAGGGCUGCUACACCCUCAUCAACAUCCCCACAGAUUCUGAACCUCCAACAGAGCUGCAACUCAAGCAGGACUUAGAAAAGGGUGACACAAAAACCAAAGUUGAAGCCUUGAAGAAGACAAUUCAGCAGAUCCUCAAUGGGGAGAAGAUGCCAUCUCUCCUGAUGACCAUCAUCCGCUUCGUGAUGCCGAUGCAGGACCACAUGGUGAAGAAGAUGCUGCUCAUCUUCUGGGAGGUGGUGCCCAAGUACACACCUGAUGGCAAGCUCAUGCAGGAGAUGAUCCUCGUCUGUGAUGCAUACAGAAAGGACCUGCAACAUCCAAAUGAGUUCAUCCGUGGCUCCACUCUCCGCUUCCUUUGCAAGCUGAAGGAGCCUGAGUUGGUGGAGCCUCUUAUGCCUGCCAUUAGACAGUGUCUGGAGCAUAGGCAUUCAUAUGUCCGGCGGAAUGCUGUCCUGGCUAUCUACACCAUCUACAGGAAUUUUGACUUCUUGAUCCCGGAUGCCCCAGAACUGAUUGCUAACUUCCUGGAAGGGGAACAGGACAUGUCCUGCAAGAGGAAUGCCUUCAUGAUGCUCAUCCAUGCUGAUCAGGAGCGUGCCCUAAACUACCUGAGCAGCUGUAUUGACCAGGUUACUGCCUUUGGAGACAUCCUGCAGUUGGUGAUCGUGGAACUCAUCUACAAGGUGUGCCAUGCCAACCCAUCCGAGCGUGCCCGCUUCAUUCGAUGCAUCUACAACCUCCUUAACUCCUCCAGCCCUGCCGUCAGGUACGAGGCUGCCGGCACCCUCGUCACACUCUCCAGCGCCCCCACGGCCAUCAAGGCUGCAGCCAGCUGCUACAUCGAGCUGAUUGUGAAGGAGAGUGACAACAACGUCAAGCUGAUUGUCCUGGACAGACUCAUCAACCUGAAGGAGGUCGCCGCACAUGAGAAAGUCUUGCAGGAGCUGGUGAUGGACGUGUUGCGUGUUCUCAAUGCCCCAGACCAGGAGGUCCGGAAGAAGACCCUCGGACUCGCCCUUGACCUUGUCACCUCCAGAUCCAUCGAGGAGAUGGUGUUGGUGUUGAAGAAGGAGGUGGUGAAGACAAACAACGUUGAGCAUGAGGACACAGGGAAGUACCGACAACUCCUUGUCCGCACUCUGCAUCAGUGCAGCGUGAAGUUCCCUGAUGUCGCUCCAGUCAUCAUACCAGUGCUGAUGGAAUUCCUGGGUGACCAGAACGAGCUAGCUGCAGCUGAUGUGCUGGUGUUUGUACGAGAGGCCGUCCAGCGCUUCGAGCAGCUGCGUACGCUCAUCAUCAGCAAGCUGCUGGAGGUGUUCCCCACCAUCAAGGCCAUGAAGAUUCACCGGGCAGCAUUGUGGAUCUUAGGAGAGUACUGCACCAGCUCUGAGGACAUCCAGCUGGUCAUGACUCUCAUCAGACAGGCCCUGGGAGAUAUCCCAAUCGUAGAUGACGAGAUCAAGAAGGCUGCAGGGGAAGUUAAGGAGGAAGAGAUGCAGACCGGUGGUGGAGUACAGAGACUGGUGACAGCUGACGGGACGUACGCCACACAGAGUGCUUUCAGCACCACAUCCAGCUCCAAGAAGGACGAGAGGCCCACCAUGCGGCAGUUCCUGAUGGACGGAGAGUUCUUCACCGGCGCUGCCCUUGCCACCACUCUCACCAAACUGUGCCUCCGAUACAUCAACAUCAACAAGGAUGUCAAGAGACAAAAUGCUUUUGUGGCGGAGUCCAUGCUUAUCAUGGCAACCAUCAUCCAUCUGGGGAAAUCUGGACUUCCCACCAAGCCCAUCACGGAUGAUGACGUUGACCGUAGUGCGAUGUGCCUGCGUGUGCUGGCUGAGAAGUCGGAGCUCAUGAACGACAUCUUCAACAACCAUUGUCGUGGGUCGCUGUCUUUGAUGCUGUCAGCCAAGAUUGAAGAGGAGAGGGAACAGCAGGAGGCUGCACAGAAGAAAGUGGUGAAGGUCCAGGCUGAUGACCCAAUCUCUUUCACCCAGCUCAUCAACAGGGCGGACCUUGGCACAGGGGAGAACAUGUUUGAGCUGACCUUGUCCCAGGCUCUUGGGAUGAGUAGCAAGAAGGAUGCCGACCCUGCCGGCGCAUCAAAGCUCAACAAGGUGACCCAGCUUACUGGCUUCUCUGACCCAGUGUACGCAGAGGCGUACGUAGACGUCAACCAGUAUGACAUCGUCCUGGAUGUCCUCAUUGUCAACCAGACGUCGGACACCCUGCAGAAUCUCACUCUCGAGCUGGCUACUCUCGGUGAUCUGAAACUGGUGGAGAAACCGCAGCCUCUUACCAUGGCUCCUCACGACUUCUGUAACAUCAAGGCCAAUGUCAAAGUCGCCUCUACAGAGAAUGGAAUCAUAUUUGGAAACAUUGUGUACGAUGUGACUGGCGCAGCAAGUGACCGCAACUGUGUCGUCCUCAACGACAUCCACAUCGACAUCAUGGACUACAUCGUCCCAGCCAGCUGCACCGUCGAGUUCCGGCAGAUGUGGGCCGAGUUUGAGUGGGAGAACAAGGUGGCAGUCAACACCAACAUCCUAGACCUCCACGAGUUCCUGCAACAUGUCAUGAAGACUACCAACAUGAAGUGUCUCACCCCAGAGAAGGCUAUAUCAGGUGGCUGUGGUUUCAUGGCAGCCAACCUGUACGCCAGGUCCAUCUUCGGGGAGGACGUGCUGGCCAACCUGAGCAUCGAGAAGCCAGGUCACCUGGGCAAGGAUGCCUCUGUACAAGGUCACAUCCGAAUCCGAGCCAAGAGUCAGGGUAUGGCUUUGAGCAUGGGAGACAAGAUCAACCUGUCUCAGAAGAAAUCUCUCAAACCAAUGGCUGCAUAAACAUAGCAGUCACUUCUCUGUAUGUUGCACAACAUCAGGGAACCUUCAGGUUCUUUCUUUGAGAAUGAGAAAUUAUACUUUUUGAAAUGUACUAGAAAUUGUUUAACUAUUAAAUAGUUAUUCAAAUAUAUAAUCUUGAUUUCAACAUGUUUAGUGAAUGCACUAACAUUUACAGGUGAAGUUGUAAUAACUCUUACCUUGUAUAGAAUGUGAUGUGAUGUUGUACAGGCAUGUGUUGUCGGAGUUCAGGUUCUGGGUUAGAAAUAAUCCCUAGCAACCUGUCUGUCAGUCAGAAAGAGGCAAAAAUGUGGAUUUCUUUGUUAGAAUCCAAUCCCAUUAAUAUGAAUGACUUUGUUGUUUACAUUGCAUCAUCUGUCUGGUUGAUUAUUUACUCCAUGUACACAAGUGAAAGUCAUAUUUAUCAAUCCAGUGGGAUUUCUUAUUAAGUUCAUGGCAGUGUAAUACAGUAAUUUGUAAAUAUUUUGUUACUACUUUGCCAAUGUUUAUGUCCAGUCAGAAUGAUGAUACAUCUAAGUUUAUCCUUUCUGUCUUUGGUGAGCUGUUUGCUUAUUUCUUUAAAGUAAUAAAACAAAAUGUACAUCUGGA